AUGAUUUUUGGAUCAGAGAAACUUUUUUAAUUAUUGACUUAAGAAGCUGCUCCAGGAUAUUUAAAUACCAAGAGAAUCAAUAAAUUAAUCACCUCAGUUGCUGAAGUCAUAAAUCAUGAUCUAAACUCUAAUUAUUAUCUAAAAGUUGUCUUCCUCCAAAAUUCUAAUGUAUCAUAAAAUGAAUUCAUGAUACCUGCUUCUGAUAUAUCUUAGCAUAUCUCUACUGCAGGCAAAGAAGCAUCUAAUACUUCAAAUAUGAAAUUUGUUAGGAAUGGAGGUAUUUCUAGGUAUUUGGGAUGGAGUUAACAUUGAAAUUUCAUAAGAAGUUGGCUUAGAUAAUAUAUUUAUAUUUGGAGCUAAAUUUGAAAAAGCCUCAUAAUUAAUUAAUUCUAUGAAAAAUACAGGUCCCUAUAAAUAUAUAUAAAAACCAUUAUGGAGUGUUAUUGAAUCAAUUAAAUCUGGUAUUUUGGACAAGAUGUUGGUAAUUAAAAGGAAAAUAGAAAUUUUUUAUAGUUGA